GUGACACAUUUCUCCUUCCUUAACUAACCGUCACAAUGAAGUCUGUAGCCGUAACCGCCUUCCUCGCCCUCGCUGCGACGACCCAUGGGUUUGUCGUGUCCCCUGCAUCUACAUGCGCGGCGAGACCGUCCGCGGCGGUGACGGCUCAAGCGACAUCACCCUUCAUGUCGCGUCGUGUGGAUUCUGCACCCACGGCGUCGUCCGGAGCACUCAAGAUGUCCGACUCCAUGAACGAUGCUCAACAACCAACACUCGAACAGUGGCUGACGUUCGCAGAGCCCAAACUCCAGUCGACCCUGAUCGCUAUGUUCGCGGCGUGCAAGGAGAUCGCCUACAAAAUCCGUACCGCGUCGUGUGACAAGAUGGCGUGUUUUAACGAAUUUGGCGAUGAGCAGCUGGCGAUCGACGUACUUGCCAACAACGUUAUCUUCGAGAACCUGAAGGCGAGCGGAUGCUGCGCAACAGCCUCCUCCGAGGAGACCCCCGUCGAGGACCCCAUGGGUGGCGAGGGAUACUCGGUGGCGUUCGACCCGCUCGAUGGAUCAUCCAUCAUCGACACUAACUUCGCCGUGGGUACCAUCUUCGGCGUGUGGCCGGGCAGCCGGCUGGUGGGCGUGAGUGGACGGGAGCUUGCAGCAGCCGGGAUGGCUGUGUACGGCCCCCGAACCACCAUGACAGUCGCUGUGGACGGCAUGGACGGCUCCCACGAGUUUCUCCUAAUCGACGACUUCUCUGGGCGCCACGGCCAGUGGGUGAAGACGAACAGCUUCACCACCAUCGACGAUGGCAAGCUGUUCGCCCCAGGCAACCUCCGGGGCACGCAGGACAACGAGGGAUACAACGAGCUCUUCAACUUUUACCUGGACAACAAGUACCAGCUGCGGUACACUGGGGGCAUGGUGCCGGAUGUAAACCAGAUCAUGGUGAAGGGCAAAGGGAUCUUCGUCAACCCUGCGUCUGCGGCUGCUCCCGCGAAGCUCAGGGUCCUGUACGAAGUUGGCCCGAUCGCGUACCUGAUCGAGAAGGCAGGCGGCAAGUCGUCCGAUGGCGAGAACUCUGCUCUGGACAUCCAGAUCCCCAACACGGAGGUUCGCUCACAGGUGGCGUACGGCUCUGUGGGAGAGGUGGACCGGUUUGAGAAGUUGGUCGGCGUGAAGGCGAUGGUGGCUGACGCGUAGGGAGGCAGUCAUUUUUAACAGUAGAGUCAUUUGGCAUACGUUUGCGGGGGGGUGGGGGGUACACCGACCAGCGUGUUGCCAUUUUGCAUAAAGGCAGUUUACGGAGCAAUUUGCUGCCCAGAUGAACGUUCCCGAUACGUCUAGCGGCAGAUCUAGAAGUGCGAGAACGGGGGAAGACCUCUUGGUGUUUAGCGGUGCUCCUCCAAAUCAAGACGCGGUCAUGGAACAGUGUACGCUUGUUUCGUGUGCCACGCUGGUCGUUGUGGACUUGGUCCUAGUCUAGUGUUUGUUGAGGUUAAGGUUUUAUGAUUUGUUUGAAGUCAUUUUUGGAGUCAAAAAGAACAUGUAACCAUGACCGUACUUGAUUUUGUUCCCUCGACAAAAAUUUUUGAGGUCAGGUGACUAGUUUGCCUCUCCUUUGAUGAACGGAGAGGGCCGUGGUGAACUGCUGCAUGUUAAAUAGACGGUCAAUGACCCACCUUCUGACUUUCUGCGAUUCUGGGCGUGAAAACCGAAUAAUGUCUUCGGAACCCUCUCGUAACACUCGGUAGUUGUUUUUCGGGAACACUGAGCAUAUCGGCGUGAACCAAGUUGUCUUCCUG